AUGGUCUCCAACAGCCUUCCCUCCACCAGCCCUUAUGGGAACUACACAGUGGUCGACACUGUACCCAAAGGAAUCCUCCAUAUGGUGGAUCCUCAUUGGUACCAGUUCCCUCCCAUGAACCCCCUGUGGUACGGCCUGGUCGGUUUCUGGAUGGUUGUUAUGGGCACUCUGUCCGUCUUCGGCAACUUUGUCGUCAUCUGGGUCUUCACGAACACCAACUCUCUCCGAAGCCCAGCUAACCUCCUCGUCGUCAAUCUGGCUGUUCCUGACUUCUUCAUGAUGCUGACUAUGUUCCCAUCCAUAGUCAUCAAUUGUUACUGGAAGACAUGGAUACAGAGUGCCGUCUUCUGCGAAGUGUACGCCUUCCCCGGUUCCCUCUUCGGCUGGACUCCUCUCUUCUCCAUCUGGAGCUCCGUGUUUGCCAAGGCCAACGCUGUCUACAACCCCAACUUGUACGCCAUCAGCCACCCCAAGUACAAGGCUGCCCUGGAGAAGCUGCCAUUCUUGUCUUGCGCUACUGAAGGUCGUGAUAGCUCUUCAGAGACUGUUUCCACCGCCACUGCUACCGCUAUCAACGAGAAGUCUGAGAGUGCCGAGGGCAGUAUCAUACAUUGUAACGAAUUACUGGAUGCAUGA